UAUUGCUGGUUGAAAACUCGGAUCAGAUCAACCUGUCAUCUGCCACCAUGGGAGCCUACAUUGCCAAGAUGCUGCUGCCCACCGUUAGUAGCCUGGUGUUCCUGCCUGCAGCCAGCGUGGCCACCAAGAGAGGCUUCCACAUGGAGGCCAUGGUCUACUUCUUCACCAUGUUCUUCACAACGAUUUACCAUGCGUGUGAUGGGCCAGGCCUCUCCAUCAUAUGUUUCAUGAAGUAUGAGAUCCUGGAGUACUUCAGCGUGUACGGAACAGCCAUCUCGAUCUGGGUCACACUGAUAGCUUUAGGGGAUUUUGAUGAGCCAAAGCGUUCUACUCUGACCAUGUUUGGGGUUUUGACCUGUGCUGUGAGGAUCUACCAGGACCGCUGGGGCUAUGGGAUCUACUCUGGACCAAUAGGAUCAGCAGUAUUCAUAAUCACUGUCAAAUGGUUACAGAAAAUGAAAGAGAUAAGGGGCCUCUACCCCGAGAAGAGCGUAUACACCCAACAGGUGGGACCAGGGUGCUGCUUCGGUGCCCUGGCUCUGAUGCUCCGCUUCUACUUUGAGGAGUGGGACUACGCUUAUGUCCACAGUUUCUACCACCUGUCUAUGGCCGUGUCCUUCGUGCUACUGCUACCCAAGAAGAACCGCUAUGCAGGGACAGACAACCCCGCCAAGCUCAGCUGCUACACCCUCCUCUGCUGUACACCUUUUCCUGCUUCUACGAAGGAGAAGAAGGACAAGAAGAAGACCCCGUCUCGAACCAUUUGGACCAUUCCCACUGAGCGGCCUUGGACACGGGCCUGCAACUCACCAACUCUCCCUCUGUUCAACCCACCUAGUACACCUGUUAAGAAAGCUCUGGACAUCACUACACAUGUUAAGAAAGGAUGGGAGAUCAUCAACACUACACCUGAUAAGAAAGCACUGGACAUCAACACUACACCUGAUAAGAAAGCACUGGAUUUCACUACGCCUGUUAAGAAAGGAUGGGAGAUCAUCAGUACUACACCUGUUAAGAAAGGACUGGACAUCAACACUACACCUGAUAAGAAAGCACCGGACAUCAACACUACACCUGAUAAGAAAGCAGUGGAUUUCACUACGCCUGUUAAGAAAGGAUGGGAGAUCAUCAGUACUACACCUGUUAAGAAAGGACUGGACAACAGCACUAAAACUGUUAAGAGAGCACUGGACUUCAGCUGCACUAAAUCAGUAGAGAAGGGACUGGACAUCAGACUAGAUAUGAGCAGCACUAAACCUUUUCACAAAGGACUGGACAUCAGCAAGCUCAAAGAACAGAAUGGGUGGAAGUGACCCCACAAGACAGAUAAACUUUUAUGAGUCAGUUGGUCUUGGUGAUGUCCAGAGAGAAAGCAAAUAGAGAGAGAACGAUGUCAUACAAUACAGGGUUACAGGAACACAGACAUCAUCCACGAAGGUCAGGCCCUGGCCUGUGCCCUCAGGGAGACAAAGAGUAUGGCUGUCUCUUCUGUCUGCACAGAAAACAGGAGAGAAGCCCUUUACUUCAAAACAUGAGGAGAGUGACAGGGAGAAGGGUUCCUGAGGCAAGCCAGUAAAACUGACUGGAAAAUUUGUGAGUAACACAGGCGGCAGACAUUUUUUCUCUCCAAGAUGAAUAAAUUGUCUUUCAAAUGUUUCUCAGGAGGGACCUUUCGUCUGCUGCUCUCUCUCUCUGAGAAAGGAACUAUGCAGUUAAAUUCAGUUAUGAAAAUUACAAGAUUGUAAAAGCACAUUUUACUCGCUUUAUAUAUCCCCUAGGUGCCAAACAUGUCAUCUGGUGCAUCAGACAUUUGAGUGCAGCAGAAUCCGGUCCAGACACUAGACUGUAAACCAACUGCAGCGUUUUAGAAUGUUUAGAAUGAGGUGGCAGGUAUUUAUUCCACUAUAUUGAGUGACCAAGCAACUUCGACUUUGUAUCCUUACUUUUCAGCCUCACUCUCGCUAACCGUUUUUAUGAUGAACUUUACAUAAUGCUUAUUUAU